GCGUCUGUCUACCUACUUAAUUAUUUUUCAGUCUGUCAUGGCAGAAAGCCUGCUAGAUAUCGGUUUCGUUGGUGCUGGUGAGAUGGCUUGUGCAAUGGUAGCUGGAAUAGUUUCAAAGCUGAACCCGAAAUCAAUCAUGGCUUCGUCUCCAACGGGUGCUACAAAAUUAGAUCGAUACGGCGCUGUUUGCUCGAAAUCAAACUCUGAAAUUUUCAAGAAUUGUAAAAUUGUGGUGAUAGCAUGCAAACCGACACAAGUGCCGGAUAUUCUGAAAGAGUGGAAAGACUCAGUCAAAAAAGAUUCAAUCAAAGCAUCGGGAGUUGUAUCGAUAUGUGCCGGAGUCAAAUUGAGUCAGUUGGAGGAACUAAAUUGUCCAGUAAUCCGAAUAAUGCCCAACUUAGGGGUCCGAGUCGGCGCUGGAACCCUUCCAUACUGCACUUCUGCAAACUGCACUGAAGAUUUUGAAAAAUCAGUUAUGUCUAUUUUUGAACCUCUCGGUUUAGCUGUAAAAGUACCGGAGAAGUUUUUCAAUGCGGCUCAAGGUAUCAGUGGGUGUGGACCUGCGUUCAUAGCUCUCUUUAUUGAGUCUUUGGUGGAUGCAGGUGUUCGAGAGGGAUUGACUCGAGAUGUGGCUUGGAGACUAGCUUGUCAAACAGUUUACGGCACUGGGAAGCUCAUGUUGGAAACAAACACUUCGCCUUCCGAUUUGAAGUACAAAGUUUGCUCGCCUGGAGGAGUAUCAAUUGCAGGUGUCGUAUCACUAGAGAAAACUGGAUUCAGAUCCUCUGUAAUUGAGGCUCAUCGAGCUACAAUUGAGAAAACGAAGGAAAUGGAGAGAGCUGCACAAGGAAUGAACUGAAAUCGGGACGAGAUUCAAAUUUUGGAUUUGAGAUGUGAUCUGUCUUUAUAAGUCAUGUUAUAAAAGUAUUUAAUUUUUUUUGAGAUAUACAGCUCAAAAAGGUAUAAACAUUAUUUGUUUCCCGUUUUUAAAUAUUUUCUACAGAUCAGAUUGAAAUAACACGAGUUAACAUGAUUGUGAAAACUGAAAAGUCAAAAAAAUUGUAUAUGUGUCAUCUUCUUUUGGGCUGACUAAAAAUUGUGACACUUAUUAUGGUUGUGAACUUUUAAUUAAGGUUGUGUUGAAUUGAAGGGAUACCAAAUGCAUUUUAUGUUAAACGAAGCGGUUGUAAUUUUGAAAAGCAUGAAAAAAUAAGUUUUUGAUUUA